AUGCUCGUCAAAAUGCUGAAAGGUUUGGAGGUAUGCAAAACUUCAAACAAAUAAUUAUUUAACUCAUAGAAUAAAUAGGAUAAUAAACGACUUUACCAAUCUGUGGAGAUUUCUAUUAUGAUAAAAAUCCUAUUCCAUUCUUCAAUGAUUUAAUCCAAAACACGAUCAUAAACUGAUCACAUUCUAGCUAAUGAAAAAAUGAAAAUGAAAAUUUAGUCUUAUUGGUACAAAGAAUCUGAUCAUUGUUUGAUUGAAACAAAAUUAGAAAUAAAGAAAAAGCAAAAGAGAAUCGACUCUGAAAUAAUAUAUAUUGAAAACACAAAGCAAUUAUGGAAUCUUAAAAAUAUAGAAUUUACAUGA